AUGAACAUUACUAAUUACCAAGGUUUAAGCAGGACGGCUUCAGACAAUUCAUUCCUAACUCGAACACAGCUCAUCAUGUCGCGCGACACCAUUUGGGCUUCUACCAAUUCAAAUGGCUACAAUACUUGCAAGGAAUGUUCAUUAAACACUAAGUUCCUGUCGACAUUCAAUGUCAAACAGUCACAAAACAAUUGUUUGUUUAACAGCCAUGCAGAUAAAACAAAUACUGAAGUUAGAUAUCUAUUUUUAAAAAAAGAGUCAAGUACAGCCUCCAAGAGAAACAUAACAUCAUCGGGACCACAUACUACAGAACGUAUCAGCAGUUCGAGGCUAGAAAAGUCAAAAAUAAAAAAUCCUGAACUUUUUUCUGGCGAACUUUUACUUGAUUUUCCUUCAAAUUGUAAUUCACCUCAGUCACUCAGUCACACUUUAAAGAAGCCAGAUAAGAGUACAGAGCUAAGAGGUCACCCAAGUUUACAACACUCUGCAUCUACGCCAGGUUUUAUUGGUAGACCAAUAACAGAAAGUAAGCUAGAUUUCGCUAAUGCUAAAUUUGAGUCAAAGUCUCGUCCUUUCUUUCCGUUUUUUUGGAAAAAACAUAAAACAAGUGAUGGCAGAUCGCCAUCCUCUUCUGUUAAAUCAAAUAAUCAUCAAAAUAUUCAAAGAUGUCCUAGUAAUCUUAGCUUCACUUCACAACUGCAGAGAGUAUCUCAACGUACUGCUUCCCCGUCAUCGAGAGGCAGGGGAUCAGCAGGCCAAUCACCCGUGUCCCCUAGAUUUUAUCUGGCUUCAGUGUCAUCAAAUAUACCCUGCACCCCCAGUUCUCCCCCGUCAAUGUACUCCCCAUCUGAAACAACAUCAGACUCUCCGUCGAACAGAGACAAGUGCCCACGGCAUAUGUCCAGGUCGAGGUCCAAGAGCAGACAAGAAUCACAACGUAAAGCUGCUGACAGUGAACAAAGUGAUCCAGAGGAUUACCUAACAUUAGAAGAUCUUCCACUGCAUCCUUCAGUUUUGAAACAGCCCCUGGGAGUGACCAAUAGUAAUCCGUCUACUUCAGUAAUGACUUCAAGUAGGUUGAAAAUGGACAUCGGUAGCAAUAACACAACAAGUCACAGAACCAAAGUAAUGUCUGAAAUUAGAAGAAACUCCCUGCCCGAGUCUCACGUGGAUCUGAAAAUGAAAGACCCAAGCUUUGAACGAUGCUAUGGUCCCAAAGACUGUAAAUUCGAUUCAAAGCAAAAUUGCAGAAGAAAGUCUCUGGAAAGUAGUAGUAAAUCGAUGUCAGGGAAUGACUCCCAGUAUGAAAUCAUGUGUACCAGUCAUGACCAAAAGCCAAGACCUCCCGUUCGAUCUCAAUCAGUGCCUAGUUUUGGAUCUGAUCUCUGUUUGCCAGGUACAGACACCAGGGUUAUCUCUGACGCCGAGGAUUUUGAGUACAGCCCCACUGACAUGACCGGAUCGUUGCAUCUAUCUUUCUGUGGGUGCGGGUUUCUGGGAAUGUAUCAUCUAGGUGUUAUCUCUUGUCUAAGUCAGCGUUCACCUUCCUUACUUGAGCAACUUGAGAGAGUAGCCGGAGCUUCAGCUGGUGCUAUCAUGGCAGUACUUCUGGUCACAUGUCGUGAUAAAAUUGAG